AUGGAUACCCACGCCGACCGCAUCCAGCCCCUCUGCACCCAAAUCGCCCACUUCCACCACACCCGCACGCCCUUUCGCAUCUAUCACGGCUCCACCAAUUCCACCCGCCAUUCCGGCCUCACCUCCGCCAAUUCCGUCAGCACCGCCCAUCUCAACCAUGUCCUCGCCGUCAAUUCCUCCACCAAGUCCAUCCAGGUCGAACCCAAUGUCCCCAUGGACGCUCUCGUGACCGCCACCCUCGCCCACAACCUCGUGCCCCUCGUGGUCAUGGAAUUCCCCGGCAUCACCGCCGGCGGUGGCUUCUCAGGCACCUCGGGCGAGAGCAGUUCCUUUCGACACGGCUUCUUCGAUGCCACCGUGACGCGCAUCGAGAUCAUCCUCGGCAAUGGCGAACUCCGCACGGCCUCGCGCACCGAGAACGCGGAAUUGUUCCACGCCGCGGCCUCCGCCUUUGGCACCAUGGGCGUUAUCACCAUGCUCGAGAUCCAAUGUCGCGACGCGAAGCCCUUUGUCGAAUUAUCCUACCUUCCAGCGCGGAGCAUCCACGACGCUAUGCAAAUCUUCCACGAGAAAACCCACGACCCGGACAUUGACUACCUCGACGGGAUCGUCUUCUCCCAAGACCAUAUCGUAGUCUGCGCCGGGAAACUGAGCGACGGCCCUCCCUCCCCCCCCAAUCCUCCAAUCCAACACUUCACCCGUCCCCAGGACCCCUGGUUCUACCUGCACGCUCAAUCAUCCGGAGGAUUGGGACGGGAGCAGACCCCCACCACCAACCUCAUCCCCCUCCCCGACUACCUCUUCCGCUACGACCGCGGCGCCUUCUGGACCGGCCGCUACGCCUACCACUACUUCCUCACCCCCUUCAACCGCCUCACCCGCUACCUCCUCGACUACUUCAUGCACACCCGCGUCAUGUACCACGCCCUCCACGCCAGCGGUCACGCCACCCAAUACAUCAUCCAAGACGUCGCCGUUCCUUACUCCUCCGCUGCCGCUUUCCUCACCUGGCUCGACCAGCCCCAGAACUUCGGCGCCUAUCCCAUCUGGCUCUGUCCGUUGAAACGCUCCACUGACACCGAUGCCGAUGCCCAAAGCACCAGUAACCCGGAGCCACUCACCCGGGGGAAAUUCCCCACCAGCAGCGGCAGCAGCAACCCAGGAAUAAAUGAUGACACCACGCACCUCCUCAACUUCGGCCUCUGGGCGCCCUCCCAGAACCGCGGUCCCGCCUUCAUCGCCCAGAACCGCCGGCUGGAGCAACAAGUCCACGCCCUGGGGGGGAAGAAAUGGCUAUACGCGUGUGCGUAUUACACGGAGGCGGAGUUCUGGGAGAUUUACGAUAAGAAGAGAUAUGAUAUGUUGCGGGGGAAAUAUCAUGCGCAGUAUUUGGGCGAUUUGUAUCAGAAGGUGCGGGUGGAGUUGGAGCCGGAGCCGAGGGCGAACGGGAAGGGGAAGAGGAAGGGUGUGGUGGGAUGGGGUGAGUGGGUGAGGGAUGUGGUCUGGGGGGUGUGGCCGGUUAGUGGGUUGUAUGGGGUGUGGAGGGCUUGGUGGGGGGGGGAGUAUUUGCUGAAGAGGUAG